AAUUUAAACGCGUCAAAGCAUCUACACAGAAAAUAUGUAUCUUUGGAGCUAAGCACUUUUUAUUUACACAUUCUUACGGGAUAUUCAAGUCCGUAAACGUUAUCUUUUAUUUAAGAAAGUAUAAAAUCUACCGAUAGACAAUGAAACUAAUAGGAUGAAAAGGGAUAUUUGCAACAAAUUGUAAAACAUAUUUCAUCAAAACACAAAGGUCUUACAGCACCACUUCGACAAAACGGAUUUUAUUUCUUUUUUAUUUUUUCUCUUUUAUUAAAUGUGUCCCUGAAGUGAUUCAAAUCCACACUCACCCACUUCUCACAGUGACAAUGUAAAAAUGUGUCCAAUAAAAACGUUUAAAGCCAAUUGCGCUAACAUCAUCAAAUGUUGGAGAGGGCAAAGAGAUUUUUGAGAUGAAAUAAGGUCGCUUCAUUAAUUCUAUAUCUAUAUUUCUGUACUAGUUAACUAUAUGGAUCGCUGAAAGGGGAUUUACGCGUGUUUCAUACUAAAAGUUAGUACUGCAUUAAAAGCAAAAUAUAAAAUACAAGUUUAUUAGUUAUGAUUACAAAAUAUUGUAUAUUUACGAAAGUGUGUAUAAUAUCUCUCGAAGGCCUAAACUUUGAAAAAGCUUCGUAUUCACUGCUAAUUAUUUUUAAGAUAAGUCCGUUAGUCCGUUCGAUUCCAUGGCUGUGGCAUGCGCACACUUGGUUACAUUGCUUGUGCAUUAUUUUAUAUACAUAUAUGUACAUACUACUUACAUAUGUAUUGUUUGUAAAGUUGAAUUUCAUCAGCUUUUUGUUUCAUGACAGUUGUCUCCUACAUGUACGUACAUCAUCGUAUAUACGCAAGUCCAUGCCUAAGCUCUACUCCGUCGUAGCCAGUUAAUUUGUGCGUAAAUCCCUUUUCCGUGUCUUUCUUAUUACAUACAUGUUUCAUAUAGUGUUAAUACAAAAAACUCAGUUUGUUCAUGUAUUUUGGAUUUAUACAGACUACGUAUUUUAUUUUAAUUUUUUUAAUGUUUGGGUGCUUUUUUCUUUCAUUCUUACAUUUUGCAGCUUUUCUCAAAAAAUAAACCAAAAAUCACAUACAAACAUACGAACGAAAUGUAUUAAGUCGCCAAAUUAAACAGUUGAUUAAUGCGCGCCACAUAAAGUAUAAAAAAGUAUGCACGUUAAAAACCAAAUGAAAUUCUGCUACCGCUACACUAGAGUGAUAAUUGCAAGUCCUCGGAACCGAAAAUUCCAUACAUUUCGCAGCCAAUUUACGAUCUGAAACAAACGGGCGAUGUAAAAUUCGGUCCGGGUACACGUUCUGCACUGCUGGGUCUAUUAGGUGGCGCUUUGCCAAAACUUACCUCAGAUCAACAUGAUACGGUCAGCAAGGCUAAGAAAUAUGCCAUGGAGCAGAGUAUUAAAAUGGUAUUAAUGAAACAGACUUUGGCACAUCAGCAACAGCAAUUGGCAUCGCAACGAACUCAGGUUCAACGGCAGCAGGCACUCGCGCUCAUGUGCAGGGUUUAUGUAGGCAGUAUCUCAUUUGAACUCAAAGAGGAUACUAUACGCGCCGCUUUUCUACCUUUUGGUCCCAUCAAGUCAAUAAACAUGUCUUGGGAUCCUAUUACUCAGAAGCACAAAGGAUUCGCAUUUGUCGAAUACGAAAUACCAGAGGGAGCACAAUUGGCUUUGGAACAAAUGAAUGGAGCAUUGAUGGGUGGUCGUAACAUUAAGGUUGGUCGCCCUAGCAACAUGCCACAGGCACAGCAGGUGAUUGAUGAGAUUCAGGAGGAAGCCAAAAGCUUCAAUCGCAUUUAUGUUGCCUCCAUUCAUCCGGAUCUAUCCGAAGAGGACAUCAAGAGCGUUUUCGAGGCAUUUGGGCCGAUUUUGUAUUGCAAAUUGGCACAGGGCACAUCACUGCAUACACACAAGGGAUAUGGUUUCAUUGAGUACGCCAACAAGCAGGCCAUGGAUGAAGCUAUCGCUAGCAUGAACUUGUUCGAUUUAGGCGGACAGUUAUUGAGAGUGGGCCGUUCAAUUACUCCUCCGAAUGCAUUGGUUUGCGCCUCUACCAACUCUACAAUGCCCACAGCUGCCGCUGUUGCCGCCGCUGCUGCUACCGCUAAGAUACAAGCACUUGACGCAGUCGCCAGCAACGCCGUGCUUGGCCUUUCUGCAACUACUCCCACUCUGGGCAUCUCACCACUAGCUGCCGCAGCUAAGGUGGGCACAUUGCCGAUCGCUGCCGCUGGCGCAUUGCAUCCGCCGGGCAUUGCAGUGCCUGCCACUACAGGCGGCGCCGCCGCAUUCCUUCCUGCUGGUGUCUUCCAAGCGCCAGCAGCCUUAGCACCGAAUCUAUUAGGUGUUGCACCCGGCUUGCCGAAUGUAACUGCCGCUGCCGCACCGGUGGUUGUUACACAAGCUGCACUUCUAGCAACACCAACUAUGGGCGCUCCUACAAUGGCUGCGAUUGGUAAUCUUGGUGCUGGCGCUAUUAAUACGGUAAUGGGCGCCGAUGCCGCCGCAAACGCAGCGGCUGCAGCUGCCGCCUCUGUCAGUGCAAAUGCCGCAGCCGCAGUGGCCGCAGCAAACAAUGUAACAGCAUUACACAAUCUGCAGUCGGCUAACUCGGAGCAGCUGAAGAAGGCGCACGAGAAGGCACAGCAGGAGGAAUUGCAAAAGAAAUUGAUGGAAGAAGGCGAGACGCAGACGCUGCAGCAGCAGGAGAAUAUGUCGAUCAAGGGACAGAGUGCGCGGCAACUGGUCAUGCAGCGGCUGAUGCGACCACAGGAGUCGCGUGUUAUUAUACUGCGCAACAUGGUCGGACCAGAGGAUGUUGACGAAACGUUGCAAGAGGAAAUUCAAGAGGAGUGCACUAAAUUCGGUACAGUUAGUCGUGUAAUAAUCUUCAAUGAAAAACAAACUGAAAACGAGGACGAUGAGGAAGCAGAGAUUAUUGUUAAAAUAUUCGUAGAAUUUUCAAGCUCAGUGGAGGCUAUGCGUGGACGUGAUGUCUUGCAUGGACGCUUCUUUGGUGGACGACGUGUUAUCGCUGAGCUUUAUGAUCAGUCGCUGUUCGAUCAUGGUGAUUUGUCUGGUUAAAUGGAUUAUAUGUGCGGAAAGUAACUCGAAGGAGAAUGCAAAAAAAGAAA